AUGGCGACAACGAAGAGGUUUUUGGUUGCAAUAAUUGGUGUUGGUGGUGUUGGAAAAUGCUUCCUCCAACAGCUCCAUGCCCUUGCGACGAGGCGAUCGUCGCCAAAAUUGGAUUUGGUCUAUAUCUCCACCAGCAAGAAGUCAAUCUACAACAAGGACUAUUCGCCCAUCGAGAUAGAAGGCGUUGCCGAAGUCCUGGCUCGAUCAUCACAAGCACCGCCGCCAACCGACGAGCUCGUUGAUUAUCUGGCCGCAGCUCCUGCCCCAGUUGUUUUAGUAGACAAUACGAGCUCUCAGGAUAUCGCCGACAGCUAUCCCUUAUUUUUGAGCCGUGGAGUGAAUAUUAUAACUCCCAAUAAAAAGGCAUUCUCUGGAUCAUACGCCUUAUGGGACGCCAUCUUCUCCGCAGCGGAAACGUCCGGUGCCAAGGUUUUCCACGAGUCAUCGGUCGGUGCUGGCCUGCCUGUAAUCUCGACACUAAAGGACCUUAUUGAAACAGGCGAUAAGGUCAACAGGAUCGAAGGUGUAUUCAGCGGUACAAUGUCUUUCCUCUUCAACUCGUUUGCCCCAACAGAAGGCUCCGGCGGAAAGUGGUCAGAUGAAGUGCGGAGGGCCAAGGAAUUAGGCUAUACCGAACCCGAUCCAAGGGACGAUCUGAACGGUCUCGAUGUGGCAAGAAAGCUCACAAUCCUGGCAAGGCUUGCAGGCUUACCUGUCGCAUCGCCCACUUCAUUCCCGGUGCAAAGCCUUAUCCCCAAGGAACUCGAGUCCUGUGCCUCGGGCGAGGAAUUCCUCGACAAACUCCCCCAGUUCGAUAAGCAGAUGGAGCAGACAAAGAACGAGGCUGAGGCUGAAGGCAAAGUAGUUCGGUUUGUUGGCAGCAUUGACAUUCCUUCCAAAACCGUGAAGGUCGGGCUGGAGAAGUUUGACAGAGGACAUCCCAUUGCUUCAUUGAAGGGAAGCGACAAUAUCAUUAGUUUCUACACGGACAGGUAUGGAAGCAACCCGCUCAUUGUCCAGGGGGCAGGAGCUGGUGGUGAGGUUACGGCAAUGGGCGUGACGAGCGACCUUUUGAAGACGAUCGUUUAG